GAAGAGUAAGAGAGAGAAAAAGAAAUGUGAGGUAAAAACACGGAGGAGAAAAUUAUAACAAAAAUGUCUGACAACGGGAAAGAAGAAGAAGAAGAAGCAGAGGAACAGGAAGUGACCGGUCCACCCCUCCCUGCCUCCUCUGCUGCUACCAUGGAGACGAUGAUGACGCUGAGGCGGGACCUGGUGUGCAUCGUGUGCUUCGGCAACUACGAUCUGGCGACGCGGUUGCCGCGGCGACUGCACUGUGGCCACGCCUUCUGCCAGGCGUGUCUGAAGCGGCUGGACACAGUGAUUAACGAACAGGUGUGGAUCCCAUGUCCUCAGUGUCGUCAGAACACGCCGAGGCCCAGGGGUGGAGCGGCGGGUUUGGACCUGGACCUCGCCUCCUUCCUGGGGGUCAAAGCGCAGCAGACGUGCUCCUCCUCCUCCAGGAGCUCUGGCUGCAGGGAGGGGACAGCGGCCGCCACCAUGGCCCAGGACGGGAAGCUGUGGCUGAGGAAGGAGGCCGCCGACGAUGGCUGGUCACAUGGAGGUCUGGCAGAGCCGCGCUUCCAUCGCUACGGUAACUGCUGUCCGCCAGUCUCCUACUGGCUAUGCUGCUGGUCCUGCUGCCCUGGACGGGGCUGACUUAGAGGGGCGGGGGUUAGGCUAACCAAUGAUGUAAAAACUUUAUUUAACUGUAAUAAACUGUAACUGUAAAGGA